AUGUCCAGACCAGAGAAGAAGUUGGUCGAAUGCUUUAUGAAGCGCAAAGCACUAUUCGUCGUUCGUGAUUCCGCUGAAGUGUUCAUCAAUAAUUUUGACAACCAGAAUGACGUUUUCCAGAUUCCGAUUCGUGUUGAAGCGUUGGACAGAGUCUACAACGAAUUCCUUGACCUGCAAACGGAGAUCGAAAAGUAUGAUGAUCCUGAGAAGUUUGAGGAGCAUAUGCAAGAACGAGCAACGUUCGAGGCGCGAUACGGUUCGGCUAAAGCCAAUCAUCCUCCAGCGAAUUUCCACCUGCGAUUACCCAAGAUUGACCUUCCAAACUGCAGCCGCGGAGCCCAGAAGGAUUUCUACGUGGAUGAUUUCCUGUCUGGUGCCGACACCGUUGAAUCCGCUAUCCAAAUACGCCAAGAAAUGACUGCCAUGCUUUCAGCAGCAGGUUUCCCGUUGAAGAAGUGGGCUUCAAACUCACCAGAAGUCCUAGUUGAUAUUCCCGAAGAAGACCUAGCCUUUGUACCGUACCAUGAUCUCCAGGACGAUCAAUCCGUUUCCACACUCGGACUCAUCUGGGAUCCGAGAAUCGACAUGAUGAGUUUCAAGGUUCAACUUCCACUGCCAGCAUCUGUUUUAACUAAGCGGAAGAUUAUGUCGUACGUGGCGCAGAUUUUUGACCCAUUUGGCCUGGUGGGACCAAUCAUAGUCAUCGCCAAACUCUUCAUGCAGCGUCUAUGGGCAUUGAAAACCGAAGCUGGAGAUUCAUAUGAGUGGGAUUGUCCUCUUCCCCCACGUUUGCAAUCCAAGUGGAAGGAGUUCCACGAAACGUUAGAUACUAUCGCAUCUCUUCGAAUCCCACUCUGUGUAACCAUAGCAAACGCAACCUCAUUCCAACUCCAUUUCUUUUCCGAUGCAUGUUGUUAUGUCCGCUCAGAAUCCGCUGGGAUUGUUCGUGUCCAAUUGCUGACGUCCAAGUCCAAAGUUGCACCGCUGGCCAAACAACAAACCAUCGCACGUCUGGAGUUAUGUGGCGCUGUACUCGCAUCCAAUCUCUAUAAAAAGGUGGCCCAUUCCAUUCCGAAACCUGCUGAAUUCUUCUGUUGGACAGAUUCGUGA